AUGGAAUUGCGCGAACAUUGUGCUCGCUGUCGCGCUAAAUCGAUCGUCCGUUAUAAGAACGACAACCCUUGUGAUCAUUACCGAUCCCAGCAUGUCUUGGAAAAGCAGACAACCUUCUCUCCGGAAAAACACUCGUCUGAAUGUUUCAAGUCCCGGACCUUCGAGGAAGAAGAACGGAAGAAUGAGAUUGCCGCCUGCAUCGACAAAUUCGUUUUGGCGAAAAGAUUGCACGCAGAGAAUCUGCAGCCCCAGCCACUCCCAGAUCGAGUGGACGAUUCCAUCUUCAGGAAAGGAUGUCGCACUUGUUUGGCCAGUUACAAACAGGACGCGAAGUGGAAUCAGGAUCGAGCAAAUUUCGCAACGAGAAUAGAGAAUCGCUUUGAACCCGCGCUUGGCUGCAAGAAACCGGAGACUCGGAUGGAUUUGGCGAUCUGUUGGGAGACGCCAAUAGACCCGGUAUAUGAACCUCGCAGAGCGACUCACAUCGACGGUUCCGAGGGUGGCUCAGCUCCGGCGAUCUUUGCCAUGAUCCAACACACUCCGGUGCCGAAGAAUCGCCAGCUUUUAUCUCGUAACGAGGAGAAAAACAAGUGCGAUUGUGCGAAGCAGGACGAAGCGGAGAAAGAUAGGAAUCGAGGCUGCUAUGAUCGUUCCUACAACGGUGAGGAAUAAUAACUCUGUGGUGAACAGCGUUACGAGAAGCCGUUGAGGUCGAAUUCCGUGCUGCGCAUCACCGAACAUAAGUGCACGGCUUGCCAAGGCGAAAUGAAAGCAGAAUUCGAGUGGCGAAGAAAGGAUUCGAGACUGAUCCGGUCCGCGGAUUUCGCGCUCGGUCUCGAAAAAAAGCCGACGAUGGGCGACGACGUCCCGUGCAGAAACGGAUUACCACCGAUGAAGAUGACAGUGCCGCGGCCGAAGACUCCCUUUGCGAGGCGCACUUUCUGCAUCGACACUCUGGCACCGCCGUUCAGCGUAGUGAAUGGCUGCCGGGAUGCCGACUAUCCCGAACACUGGCGCCUCAUGUCUGUGUACCAGCAAUCGUACAAGAACCCGCAAAAACGAAAGGCUCGCCGCUUCUAA